AUGCCGAUCCAAUUCCCUGCGCUUCCUAGCUGGUCUACGACUAAGACGACUUCAAAACAAGGCUUCGACAAAGUAUACAACCUCGUCGACAAACUUGGUGCUCCGGUGAACAAACUCUCAAACAAAUUAGGAUCGGAAGCGUUCUGGCCAACUACGCUCGAUAAAGAAUCAGACAAGGCUGCGCGAAUCCUGCGCAGUUUUUGCAAAGAUGGCUUCUAUGUGGAGGACGAGAACCACCUCUCUAACGGUGUCAUUGAUGCUGAUAAGCCUAGCGGGAAACAGAGGGUAAUAAAGAAGAUACCGACGGAAGUGAUCAAGAGAGCGAAGGGGCUAGCAAUCUUUACAACUAUGAGGACAGGCUUGUGGGUCAGUGGAGCUGGAGGAUCGGGGAUUCUGGUUGGCAGGAAGGAGGAUGGCAGUUGGUCACCGCCUUCUGGCAUAUUACUACACACCGCAGGCCUAGGAUUCAUGGUUGGUGUCGACAUCUACGAUUGCGUGGUGGUCAUCAACACGGAGAAGGCGCUGGAAGCGUUCACCAAAGUACGGGCUACGCUUGGAGGGGAGAUCAGUGUCGUGGCUGGGCCGGUUGGGAUAGGUGGGAUAUUGGAGACGGAGCUGCAUAAGAGACAGGCACCCGUAUUCAAUUACAUGAAGAGUCGAGGGUUCUACGCUGGAGUGCAAAUCGAUGGGACAUUGAUCAUCGAGCGAGGGGAUGAGAAUGAGAGAUUUUACGGACAAAAAUUGUCUGUUGCGGAAAUCCUAGCAGGCAAAGUCAGGCACGACCCAUACGAGACUCGGACACUCAUGGCUACGAUCAAGGCAGCUCAGGGUGACAAUGUCGAUGAAGGCUUGAUAGCACCAGCCGAGCCUACACCUGGGGACUUUGAAGUGGCGGAUGAUCCAGGUACGGGGUUCGGUCUGCCACCCUCGGAAGAUGACCCAGACCCUUAUGGAGUCCACGCCUUAGAGGAGCAAGGUAUGGAGAUCAAGGAGAUCACAGAAGCUGGCACAAAGGGUAGGCCAAGCAGCGAUGCCUUUGAAUACAAACCUUCACCACACAGCCCAAUCUUCAGCAAUUUCAAUCGACAGAACAGUGUCGCAAAGAGAGAUUCCAGAAGAGACAGUGGUCGGCUCAGCAUUGCCAGCAUCGAUCGGGGCACGCAGACCGCUGAGCCACUGCAGAUGCCAACCUUCGCAGAUUCAGCCAAAGGACCAGGAAGCCAUAGCCCAGUCACGAAGACGUCACAGAACCUUGCAGAUGAUGUUGACGAUGGUGAGCCUGUUCAUGAUCUGGAUAGUCACGAGGAAGAAGCCCGCGAGAUGCCAGUCAUCCAGAAAGCCAAGGUGGUUACCAUACCUAAGAGGAUACCACCGGCUCUACCACCCCGAAGUCCUUACCGGAAUUCAGGGUCGAAGAGCGCUAGUCUCGAUCUACCCACAAGUCCUCUUGCACAAGACCAUGAAGAAUCAGGGUUGGGUAUCAAUCUCGGUGGUCGACCACAUGAUCAAAUCAACGGCGAAAGCGAAGGCUCCCGCCCAGAAGCUCAAGGCGGGCUUGAGGACCAGCUGACUGAAGUUCACCUAGCUCCCAAUCAUGAUUCCGAAAGGCUGUCGCCGAAGAAGGAUGGUUUCGAUGAAGUCUCAAUGAGCGGAUCAGACUACUCUCGUGCGCCUGCAGAAACGCCCAUUAGGAUGGAGGACCAUGAGGCGAACAGCGGACUUGCUGUUAGUAUUGGAAAGGAGAAUGAAGGACUUGCUAAGGCAGUAGCUCAUGAGGACGAGGAGUUCCAUUCGAUUCCCAGCACGCCGUUAGAAGCAUCUUACCCUGGAGCAUGGAAAAGCGGAUAG